ACGCUUUGAUUCAUUCAUUCAUCCAUUCCAGCACAUCUUCCAUUUUCUUCUUCUCCCUUCUUUCCUCACGCCUUACCCUUCUCUUUCUACUUUAUCUUCUUCAACUUUAACGAACUUUCCCAUUUCCUUUCGAAACCCACAAAUCCGCCUCUCCUCCGCCGUAGAUUUUUUUCAACCGCCGUGACCUGCAAAUCUGUGAACAUUUUAAUCGAAACAAUUUCUUGUAGUGAGGGUUUUGUUUGUAUGCUUUCAUGGCAUCAAGAUCAUGUGCAAAUUUUUUACACUUAGCCUCUGGGAAUCUACUUGAUAUUCCUCAAACUCCGAGAGGUCUUCCUCGGGUAAUGACUGUUCCUGGGAUUAUCUCUGACAUGGACUCUUGUAGCAGUAAUGAUGGGGAUUCAGAUGUUGCUUCAUCUGGGUGUAGAGAACGCAAAAUUAUAGUGGCAAAUAUGUUACCUUUGCAUGCUAAAAGAGAUGGUGAAACUUCGAAAUGGCGCUUCAGCUGGGAUGAGGAUUCACUUUUACUACAUCUAAAGGAUGGGUUUUCUCCUGAAAUGGAGGUUGUAUACGUAGGAUCUCUCAAGGUUGAUAUAGAUGUGAAUGAACAGGAAGAAGUUGCCCAAAAGCUGUUAGAAGAUUUCAAUUGCGUCCCUACAUUUGUACCUCAUGAUUUGCAGAAGAAGUUUUAUCUUGGCUUCUGCAAACAGCAUUUGUGGCCUCUUUUUCACUACAUGCUGCCCAUGUGUCCUGACCAUGGCGAUCGGUUUGACCGUAUUUUAUGGCAGGCAUAUGUUUCUGCUAAUAAAAUAUUUGCUGACAAGGUUAUGGAAGUAAUCAAUCCAGAUGAUGAUUAUGUCUGGAUUCAUGAUUAUCAUUUGAUGGUUCUUCCCACAUUUUUGAGGAAGCACCUGAAUAGAAUCAAGCUUGGUUUUUUCCUCCACAGCCCGUUCCCUUCAUCAGAAAUAUAUCGAACAUUGCCUGUUCGGGAUGAAAUUCUGAGGGGACUACUGAAUUGCGAUCUAAUUGGUUUUCAUACGUUCGAUUAUGCACGACAUUUCUUAUCUUGCUGCAGUAGAAUGCUGGGUCUUGAUUAUGAAUCUAAAAGAGGGCAUAUUGGUCUUGAUUACUUUGGUCGCACGGUUUUUAUUAAAAUUCUACCUGUAGGAGUUCAUAUGGGUAGACUUGAAUCAGUCUUGAAUCUUUCCUCUACUGCUGCCAGGGUCAAAGAGAUUCAGAAACAGUUUGAAGGGAAAAAAUUGAUUCUUGGCAUAGAUGAUAUGGAUAUUUUCAAAGGCAUCAGUCUUAAAUUACUGGCUGUGGAACAGCUCUUACAGCAGCACCCAGACCUGCAGGGUAAAAUAGUCCUGGUUCAGAUUGUGAAUCCUGCAAGGGGCUUUGGAAAGGAUGUCCAGGAGGCUAAGAAGGAGACUUAUAUGACUGCUAAAAAGAUCAAUGAGGUUUAUGGUUCCCCCAAUUAUCAGCCAGUGAUUUUGAUUGAUCGCCCUGUUCCCCGUUAUGAGAAAUCGGCCUAUUAUGCGCUAGCAGAAUGUUGCAUAGUAAAUGCUGUGAGGGAUGGGAUGAACCUGGUUCCUUACAAGUAUAUUGUUUGUCGGCAGGGAACUCCUGGCAUGGAUGAGGCACUGGGUGUAAAGCCAGAAUAUCCACGAACAAGCAUGCUUGUUGUUUCUGAGUUCAUCGGUUGCUCACCAUCUUUAAGUGGAGCGAUUAGGGUAAAUCCAUGGGAUAUUGAUGCUGUGGCUGAGGCUUUAAAUACAGCUAUUACCAUACCUGAGUCAGAGAAGCAAUUGCGACAUGAGAAACACUACCGGUAUGUCAGCACUCAUGAUGUGGCAUAUUGGGCUCGCAGCUUUGUGAUGGACUUGGAUAGAGCAUGCCAGGAUCACUAUAGUAAACGUUGCUGGGGCAUUGGUUUGGGCCUAAGUUUCAGAGUUGUGUCUCUUUCACCUAAUUUUAGGAGGCUAGCUAUCGAUCACAUUUGUUCAGCAUAUAGACGAACAAGUAGAAGAGCAAUAUUCCUGGACUAUGAUGGCACUCUUGUUCCUGAAGCUUCCAUUAUCAAAACUCCUAGCCCUGAGGUUAUCUCUAUCAUUAAGACCCUCUGUGAUGAUCCUAAGAACACAGUGUUUAUUGUUAGUGGGAGAGGAAGAGCUUCGCUUAGUGAUUGGCUUGCUCCAUGUGAGAAGCUGGGGAUAGCCGCUGAACACGGGUACUUCAUAAGAUGGAGUAAAGACUCCGAAUGGGAAACCAGCCCUGUUGGUGCUGACCUUGAAUGGAAAAAGAUUGUUGAACCUGUUAUGAGCCUGUAUAGAGAGGCAACUGAUGGCUCCAGCAUAGAGACCAAGGAGAGUGGUUUGGUGUGGCACCAUCAAGAUGCAGACCCUGACUUCGGAUCAUGCCAAGCCAAGGAAUUGUUGGAUCAUUUGGAAAGUGUUCUCGCAAAUGAACCAGCGGUUGUCCAUAGAGGCCAGCAUAUUGUUGAAGUUAAGCCGCAAGGAGUAAGCAAAGGGCUGGUAGCAGAGAAAGUUUUGUCGAGAAUGGUCAAUGGUGGGAAGCCACCUGAUUUCGUGAUGUGUGUUGGUGAUGAUAAAUCCGAUGAAGAUAUGUUUCAGAGCAUAUUAACUUCAGUUUCUAAUCCAUCCUUGCCUGUGGCUCCGGAAAUCUUUGCAUGCACAGUUGGGCGAAAGCCUAGCAAAGCUAGGUAUUACCUCGAUGACACUGCAGAUGUUUUAAAGUUACUUAAAGGCCUUGCAACUGCUACAAUUUCAAAGCCUAGGUGCCUGCCUGAGAUUAAGGUAUCUUUCGAGAGUAAUGCUUGACACAAACAGGGUAGCCGGCCUAAAUUUACCAGUUCUAUACGUUGGGAGUGUCUGAUUUGCUUCAAGGGAUUCCCUUGAAUGAGAAAAACUUUGAUCAUAACUCAUCCGAAUCGUGAUUGGCACUUGCUAGCAUAGAGAUGGUGGCAGGAGCCGAAAUGCUAAGAUUAACUGCGAGAGAGAGAGGAAUUGAUAUUAUUACUGUAAAUGACGAUAGGGGAAUUAUGCAUUUUUCUGGUGCAGGCAAAAACUAAAUGGUGGGAUGAGUUCGUAGUUCUCACUUUGUUUAUAAUGGUAUUACUGAUUAGAGGCACCUUUGACUUGUAUAGAUACAUUGCUUUCCAAUACAAAUCGCCAAUUUGUUUUUCAA